AUGUCGUCUGCCCCAUUACUGCGUGCUGCCCCCGGGAAACGAAUUGCAUUGCCUACUCGCGUAGAGCCCAAGGUUUUCUUUGCCAACGAGCGCACGUUCUUGUCGUGGCUCAAUUUCACAGUCAUUCUGGGUGGCCUGGCCGUUGGAUUGCUCAAUUUCGGCGACAGAGUUGGCCGCAUCUCCGCCACACUGUUCACGUUUGUCGCCAUGGGCACCAUGGCUUAUGCGCUAGUCACCUACCACUGGCGUGCCGCUGCCAUCCGGCGUCGCGGCUCCGGUCCCUAUGACGACCGCUUCGGGCCUACGAUGCUGUGCCUGUUUUUGCUAAUGGCCGUGGUAGUAAACUUCAUUCUGAGAAUGAGAGCCUAG